AUGUAUAUUCGUAAUGCACUGCUCAUAAGGUUGAAAAUUCUUCGGCAGCCCACAACCGGUUUCGCCCUUUUCGGGACUCAUCAGUUGAAAUUCGAAAUGUCGGAAUUCCCGCUCAUUAUAACACCAAUAAGUCUUCAGGAGUUUUAUCUACGUUUCAUGCUACUCAAUAAACCAUGCAUUUUUGGACAGUGGAUUACAGAGGGUUGGUUAGCACGGAGACUUUGGUGUAAUGCCAUCGGCGACAUAGAUAUCGAACGCAUAUUUCAACCCUUUCCUAGAGACCGAAUUUUAUGCGUUGGCGACUGUUCACGCCUGGAAUUUGAUGCCCAUCCGUCAAUCGAAAUGACCGUCGCUGACUACCUCACCUAUUGGCGUGAUUUUCAUCAGGGCACUGAUGAUCGCACGUUGUAUUUGAAGGACUGGCAUUAUUUUAAAGCUACAGAUACUGAGUACUACCAAGUCCCAACACUGUUCAUGUCCGAUUGGAUGAAUGAAUUCUGGCGUAUUCGCCCCGAUGUGCGAGAUGAUUUCCGCUUUGUAUAUCUGGGUACAAAGGGUACUUGGACACCACUGCAUGCGGACGUCUAUCAUUCAUACAGCUGGUCUGCAAAUAUAUCUGGCAUCAAGCGAUGGUGGUUUUUCCCUCCAGGCGAAGAAACGAAGUUGAAGCGUAAUGGCCGAGUUCCAAACGACAUCCGGAAUAUACAAUUGGAUAACGGGGAUAUAAAUUAUGUUCAGAUUGAUCAGCAUCCGGGACAAGUUGUAUUUGUUCCCUCUGGCUGGUAUCACCAAGUGGUAAAUCUUAUCCCGUGGCCGCAACCCUUUGAGGAUGGGGAUGUUCGAACCUUCCUGGAGGACUUUGAGGAGGUGGCGGAGGCUGCCUGGCUGGAGACCGACCGGGGUAAGUUGGCAGCGCUGAAGACCCUCCUCAAGGACCGGGCGAAGGCAGCCCUGGAUGCGGCCAGAAAAGGCCCUCGGAAGAUGGACUGGGCCGCCGCGAAGGAAGUCCUUGCAGCGGAGUUGGACACGCCGGUCGACCGCCAGGAGGCUAUGAGGCGGUUCAAGACGGCCAGGAUGGCACCCGGAUCUGACCCGACCGUGUUCUUCGCCGGCUUGCAGCAGUUGUUGGAUCGCGCUUUGCCGACGCUGGGCGGAGUGUCGCGACACCAGUUGCUGUCGGAUCAGUUCGUCGAAGGUGUGCAGCCCGCGCUUGGUGCCCAGUUGCGGUUGGCACGAGCAACUGGCCAGUUGAGUGUGGAGGAGCUGACGGAUUGUCUUUCCAUCAACCACAAUUGGUUCAACGCAACAAAUGUCAAUUGGGUCUGGCAGCAUUUGCAAAAUCAACUGGUAGCGGUGGAAGCAUCCACUGAAGAUGUUCGUGAUACCCCUGGAUGGCGUGAACAGUGUCAAAUUUGUUUGCGUGCCUUGGCGGGAAUCGAUUUUUUCGAAUAUGCUCUUCUACUCAAAUACAUUUUGUUCACUCGAUGGCCCGGAAACGAUAAACCCCCUUCAUCCAAUUUCCAAAGCCUGGCUGAAGAAGAUGCCAGUGAGGCAGAUCAGUUAUCAUCUCUGAACAACAAAAUAGACCACGAGUUGAUUCAACUGUUCCGCCGAGAGCCGGAUCAUCUAAAGUUGAUUCGCGAAAAGCCAAAGUGCUGGAUGGAACUUAUUCCAGAGGUGGUGACAGAUUGCAGGCAAGAAUUACCCACUUGGGUUCGUCUACAUGAUUUCGUGAGCGCUUUUGAAAGUCUUCGGUUGGUCUCCCAAAACCCCAUUGUGAAGGUUUUAAAGUUGAUGUCAGAACCACUGUAUUCAAUGCUCAAUUUUGCAUAAACUUUUCAGGUG